ACGAGGAAAACAGCUUCUACCCGGUGCUACUUCUUUCAGCGCAUUACCAAAUACGGUAGUCUGAUGUAAACGAUCUGCCUGUGUGUUUGAUUGCUACUGUACUACUCAGGAGCACCGAGAAAACAAUUACAAAAAAACUAAAACUAGAGAAUGGUUCAUUUCUCAACCCAUGUAUCACUGCAUUGUACUUUUCUAAUUCUGUACUAUCAGACUUGCCAAGCAUUGAGGACCUGCGGGGAUAUAACAUGUGAAGAAAACCAGGGAUGCUGUGUGUUUGGGAAUACCACCAGCCCACAGAUCAGAUGCUGCAAACAGCCUUUACACACUUUCAUUGACAGCGUUGCCUGGAUAACGAGGAAAUUAUCCGGGAUUUUAAUCCUCUUGCUUUUAUUUGCUAUGGGUUAUUUCGUGCAGAGGAUAAUUUGCCCAAGACCCCGAAGACACCAGGACAGACCAGAUGACCCAUCUUUAUUAAACGGUCACACCACUGCUUCUCAGGAUUUUCUGAUCGACCGAUUCCCAGAGCUCCAUGCUGGAUACUUCAUUUCCCCUGUCCUGCAACUACCGGCGUAUGAUGAAGUGAAAUAUCUUCCUACAUAUGAGGAAACAAUGCAGGUGGACAGAGACCGCUCGGAUGAUGAUUUGCUAGUUUCUGCAGAGCUUAAUGUGCCGGUACCGGCAGAGCAAAGGGAAGAAAGCUUGUACACUUCCAGUGCCAUCAGAACUUCCUGGAGCUCGGUUUAAGUGCAUUUUUUUUUUUAAAACAUAAUUUAAAACACAUAUAAAAAAAAAAUUGAAAUUACGCAAUAUGUAAUGGACAUUUGUUUAAGGGAUGCUGUGGCACGCCUGUUUAAAGCUGAUGUUUAUAAAGACUUUGAUCGGUUCUGUAUCAUUUAUUUCAGUGCAUAACAGGCAUCUUAUGCGCAGAUAAACUAUCAAAUAAAUUAUUGGAUGACAAUUUGCAUUGCUGCACAAAAUCAUUUAUUCUCUUACUCUGAUUGCUAUUUUAAUGAUUUGUCAUGGGUGUAAAACACACUACAACAUGCAUCU